AUGUCAACAUUGCUUGUUUUUACCCUUGUGUCUUUAUUCGUUUCUGGAUACACGCGAUCAGUUGAAUCUUUUUCCUCUUUAUCGGUUUUGGAAGAAAUAGCAGAAGGUAUUACCAUUAGUAAAACAUUUGUUAAGAAUCUAUUCCAAUUUUGCGAGUUUUUUCGUCAAAGACAAAGUGGGCCUCAAACUAUAUCAUAUCAACCUGGUAGCGGCGAUUGAAACGCUUCGCAUGUUAAUCGAGGCAGUGGCGGGGCAAGAGAGGGAGAAGGGGGAGCAUUUCCCCCUCAAUUUUUUCUACCUCUCCCCCCUUCCAAUUUUCUUUCCUAAAACUUUCAUGUUACGAGAAAUUGUACGAGAUUUACUAUUUUGGCUUAUUGAAAAAAAUCAAAAUUGCUGACGGCAGCAUUAUUUUUCAACCCUCUCAAAACUGUGUUGUUCACAAAAUUUAGUUUAAAAUGCUUGUUAAAGGUGAAUACUUAUCUCGAAUAAACACGAAUCUAGAGAUUUUGGCUCAAACUCGCCUUCAAUUUAGUACUUCAUUUUUUUGCCCCCACUAGCUGCGUUCUCUUUUUUGACGGAACUUCGAUUACGAUGACCCCAAGUGUAAUUUAUAAUCUCUAUGAGCACAGAAAAAAAAUUAUAUUAAAAAAUAGUAAAAAAUAUAAAUAUUAAAAAUAUUAAAAAUAUAAAUAAUAUAAAAAUAUAAAAAUAUUAAAAACGUUAAAAACAUUAGAAAAUAUAAAUGUUAUUAAAAAAUAAAGACUAAGCCGUUCGCAGAAAGGGUCAAAGAAACUUGUUUUAUGUUUUCGUUAGUUGCAUAGUCUGGUCUAAACAACGCUGCAUUAAUACUAAAUAUUUUUUUCAGAGAACGAUAUUUUUGUGAAAAAGAGAUCUGUACGGACACCACGUCAGGGUUCACCGAUUUCAAAUGAUAUCAAUGCUUGCCUCUUCACUUCCUGGAAAACUGGAAAAAUACUCUCAACAACUCCAAGUUGUAACGGAGCUAACCAAGUACAACUGUGUUAUGGCUUGCCGUCCAAGCCAGCCAAAUUCGCCGUAUGUUAUAACACGCAAAGAAAGAUACCAGAAUUCACCGGUUAUGUGAUACAACAGAGCACAUCUGUAAAUUCACCGCCACCACCCAAAAAAAAUAAAAAUCCAGACCAACUUUUGUACCUGAUAUCACACUGA